UCUCGUUCUGUCAACAUCUUCAAUUGAUCUCCAACGCCCAAGCCUUGCACUUUCCGCUCUAUGCUCGCCUCCUUCCUAUCGUCGACGGAAAUACGUAAAUCUAUGUUUUCAUAUUGCUCUUGGAAUUCAAUGGGCUACGGUCGGAACUACCCCACUGCCACUCGACAUUUUUGGGGUCAUUAGCAUCUCCACCGACAUCAUAUAGCCUGUAAUCAUUUUUGGGGCCGUUUUUUGCGAGGCCUGGAUUUUUACAUAAAUCGGGGGCGUAUGUGCGGGGUGUGUGGGACUAUUAUCCGAAAACCAUGACGAUCCAACGACGACCUCUACGCAUUUUCCUCCAGGCGACACCUCGAACAAGGUCGAACCUCUUGAUUCAGCUCCUCAGUACCCACCCAUCCAUCGCCGAACAUCAGUACCCUUUCUCGAAUGCAUACCACUUUGGUCCAGAGAGGCAGUUCUCGAGGGACAUUGACGUAGGAGAAACAGGAGACAUGGAGGAUUUCUCGGGAGAAACAUAUAAACAUGCUUUCGGGAAGUUCAAUGACCUUUUACAGAAGAUAGAGAGCGAGCAAAAGAUCCCGCUAAUCAAAGAACACAUUUUCUACAUGAUGCAUGCGGAAAAGACUUACGAAUGCCUGGGCCAAGCAGUCUCCUCACCGAGAACCAAACCGACCGUGGACGAUACGCCCUCAACCAACCUGACGUUUCUCCCUGACAAUUUCCUCCUUACGUUCACACCCGUCUUCAUCAUCCGCCACCCCGCACGCGCAUUCCCAUCCAGUCUUCGUGCUCACAGCCGAUCCACGGGCGGGAAUGUCUUUGACACUGAUUUCCCCGCGAACGCAACGUUUAAAUUCUCUCGCAUCUUGCUAGAUUGGUACACUGCACGGUCGCCUUCGAAGCUGCCAGUUGUCAUUGACGGUGAUAAGCUCGUUGAUGAUACGAAACGGCAGAUGGAGCGGUUGUGUGAGCGUUUGGGUAUCGAUGAGGAGCGCAUACGGUAUAAUUGGGAUUCGAAAGAGGAUCAUGGAUAUGGAAAGGUAUGGGAUGCUUAUUAUGAAGAGAUACAAAAUUCCACGGGGGUUGUCCGGACUAAGGAAACGAUGGGGGCUCCGGUGCUUGAGGAAGAGAUGAAGAAAUGGGAAAAAGAGUGGGACGAGGGGGUAGCCAUCAAAUUGAAGGAGUUUGUGGAAUCUGCUAUGGAUGAUUAUGAGUACCUUUUGAAGCAGAGCAUUUAAUAGUCCAGAAUAGAUUAAGCUCACUCGUACCGGCCAAAAUGAC